UAGUACUGGCGUUAGAGCGAAUACCUUUGCACCACUGGUUUAUGGAAUUAUCCAUAUUGAGAAAAUGGAAUGGUUCCGUAGCCGUAGCGCCAGGAACUCACUCUUAGGCAGCUCCACUGAUCGCAUGUUCGAUGGCAGGAACAACAGACAGCCGGAGGUUAAGAUGAAUUCAGAACCAAUCUUAGAGGAAACUUUGAUAAAACGGUCGCAGCAAAAGAAAAGGACUUCACCGCUGAACUACAAAGAGAGGGUCUUUGUGUUAACAAAGACUAGGCUAACAUAUUAUGAAGGUUCACCAGAGAAGAAGUCUAAAAAGGGCUCUGUCGAUUUACAAAAGGUCAAGUGCGUGGAGAUAGUGAAGAAUGGAGGUGUGGUUAUUCCCUGUCAGAAUAAAUAUCCAUUUCAGGUUGUGUACGAUACCAGUACGUUGUACAUUUUUGCCCCAAGCAAUGAGAGUAGAAGUGUGUGGGUUCAGAAUAUGAAAGAGGAGAUAAAGCAGAAUAACUCAAUCGUGGCCAAAUUUCACCCUCAGUUCUGGCAGGACGGGUUGUGGCUGUGCUGUCGGCAGGCGGAGAAACUGGCACCAGGGUGUGAGGAGUACAACCUAUUUGGAGACAUUUCACGAAAACCUCUUCCACCGAUUCCUGGAAAUGAAACCACAGGAAAGUCCUCCCGGCCGCCGCCACCCCCACCACCAAAGGAGGACGAAGAGGCCAAGGAGGAAGCUAAGGAGGAAGUGGUCAUCGCCCUGUAUGACUUCGACGGAAUGGAGACCCAAGACCUGACCCUGGUCCAGGGAGAAGAGUAUGUGAUCGUUGAGAAGUGUGACGUGAACUGGUAUAAAGCGCGGAAUAAAUAUGGAGAGGAAGGAUAUAUCCCCAGCAAUUAUGUGACGGAGAAGAAAUUGGGUCACCUUGACCAGUAUGUUUGGUACUGCAAAAAUGUAAACAGAAACCAAGCAGAACAGCUGCUUAGAAAAGAGGAUAAAGAAGGGGGCUUCAUGGUCAGAGACUCAAGUAGCCGUGAAGCGUUCACUGUUUCUCUGUACACAAAGUCCGCUGGAGAAGGUGCUUCUUCCAUUAGACAUUACCAUAUUAAAGAGACACAGACUGUGCCGAAGCAAUACUACCUGGCAGAAAAGCAUCACUUCAACAGUAUUCCUGAGCUCAUUGAGUACCACCAACACAAUGCGGCAGGUCUUGUUGCCAGACUCCGUUAUCCAGUGGGAAAGCAAGGGAGAUCGGCCCCGACCACAGCGGGAUUCAGCUACGAAAAAUGGGAGAUAAACCCAUCAGACCUGACCUUCAUGAAGGAGCUGGGCAGCGGGCAGUACGGGGUGGUGCGUCUGGGCAAGUGGAGAGCGCAGCACAAGGUGGCCAUAAAGGCCAUCCGAGAGGGGGCCAUGUACGAGGAGGACUUCAUAGAGGAGGCCAAAGUCAUGAUGAAACUGUCCCACCCAAAGCUGGUGCAGCUGUAUGGGGUGUGCACGCAGCAGAAGCCCAUCUACAUCGUGACGGAGUUCAUGGAGCUCGGCUGCCUCCUGAACUACAUCAGGCAGAGGCGAGGGAACUUCAGCACAGAGGCAUUGCUCAGCAUCUGCCAGGACGUGAGCGAAGGGAUGGAGCACCUGGAGAAGAAUGGGUUCAUUCACAGGGACCUGGCAGCGAGGAACUGCUUAGUAAAUGAUUCCCUGGUGGUGAAGGUAUCGGAUUUUGGAAUGGCAAGGUACGUCCUAGAUGAUCAGUACACUAGCUCCUAUGGAGUCAAAUUCCCUGUUAAGUGGUCUCCGCCAGAGGUCUUCAAUUUCUGUAGAUACAGUAGCAAGUCGGACGUGUGGUCCUUUGGUGUAUUAAUGUGGGAGGUGUUCACAGAGGGGAAAAUGCCCUUUGAACAAAACCCAAACCAUGAGGUUGUUAUGAUGGUCUCUCAAGGCCAUCGCCUGUAUAGACCGAAAAAGGCCACUCCUAAGAUCUAUGACAUCAUGCAACUCUGCUGGCAUGAGAAACCGGAGGAGAGGCCCACAUUUGCAGAAAUCUGUGUUAUGAUCAGAGAUGUUUUGGAAGAGGACAGCUGAAUCUAACCAACAACAACACAGUGUCAGACCUCACUUUACUUUUUAAAAUGAGAUGGAUUUCUGUUUUCUACCUAGGUACCCAGCCGUUUGAAUACCAUAUCCGCCUACAUUUCAUUCAAGGUCAUAAGAUUAUGCUUGUCAUAAAAGCAUCAUGAAAGGGUUCAGCCCCACUAAAGUGGCCUGUAUUGAACUACAGGUACAAGCAUUAAAAUGCACAACAGUAUGUAAAUGGACACAUUGAGUAUGUAAAUGGACACAUUGCAACCAUGUAUUUUGACUUGCACUGACAUUUGAUUGUAUGGAUAUGUAAAACUGAAUGAAUUUAAUUGUUCAUACUGCAGCUAGUUGUUGUUUUACUUAUAUGCACACCACAUGCGUGCACACAGACACAGACACAAAUGCGCACACACACACACACACACACCUGACAUCACAUUAGAUAAAAAACAAAUUCAUAUCGCCGCUCACUGUAAGACAGAAAACAUUUCCCUACACAUUUUAUUAAGUCAGUGAAUUCAUAUUGUUUACUGUAUUAAUUUUAAUUGCCGCAUGUUUGAUGCUCAUGAUUGUUGUCACACUAAUGUUAACUUUGUCUUCAAAUGUGAAACUGGAGGCCGUUGCCCUUGUUAUGCAAAUAAAAUGUACUGAACAC